AUGGUACCACGCACUGAGCAAAGCUCUUUGAAGCGUAGCAGGGUUACCUCAGACCACGAUCUGCAAGACCAGAAGAAGCCUCGCCGGUCCCAAAGAAUAAGCUCACAGCAGCAGUCACAAACGCCUGUCAUACAAAACUAUCUGCCCACUCCGCUCACGCAUCAUGACUCUACAGCUACGGAUGUUCGAAAAGAUGUAACGGCCACCCCUCCAAGUCAAGCUCACCUACGCUCGCCCUCGAACUCUGACAUAUACCAACCGCUCUCUUCCCCUCCCGGUGACACACAAGCCUUCUCUCAGUUUGUUUACCCACCUAGAGCCUUUGCCGACGAUGUUGAAGAUGAAUCUGCGGAAGGAGUCUGGGGCUAUCUCAUUCCACUCGAUGAUAAGGUGCGGGACACGCUUGUCCUUAGAAAGAGAGGUGGCUGUGAAGAUGGCACAUCCGGUCCUAAAUCCAGUACCAAAAAAGGCUCCCAGAAGCAGCAAGACGCUUCUGUGAAGCGUAGCCGGCGUCCUGGGGGUUAUCUAGUCGGGCGACACCCGGAAUGUGGUAAGUUUUAUUUUGCAGUAUGUGAUGAAUAUGCUAACAUGUCAGACCUGGUUCUUACUAUUCCCACCGUGUCUAACCGCCACUUUCUGGUGUUCCCAGAGAAUAAAAGGGGUGACACCGUGGCGAUUCUAGAGGAUCUGUCGAGUAAUGGCACCUUUGUUAAUGAUGCAAUUGUUGGCCGAAACAAACAUCGUGAGCUUGAAGACGGUGACGAGGUGACUAUUCUCGACGAAGCGCGAUUCGUUUACAGAUAUCCUCGAACGAAGAAUAUAAAUGGAUUCCGGCAACAGUACCGAGUUUUGCAUCAGCUUGGAAAAGGCCACUUUGCAACAGUUUAUCUCUGCGUGGAACGCGCUACAGGGACGCAAUACGCCGUGAAGAUGUUUGAAAAGCGACUCGGUGAUUCACAAAAGUCUCAGAAUGAAUCUCUUAUGCAAGAGGUUGGUCUCUUGAUGAGUGUCAGUCACAGGAAUCUGCUGUGUCUCAAGGACACCUUUGAUGAAAGCGAUGGCGUCUAUCUUGUGUUGGAGCUUGCUCCAGAAGGCGAGCUCUUCAACAUGAUUAUAAGCAAACAAAAAUUCACAGAAAAUGAAACUCGCCAUAUUUUCCUCCAACUCUUCGAAGGCCUCAAGUACUUGGUAUGUCGCAGCCACACUUUGCUUUUUUUUUCUACUAAACAUGCUACAGCACGACCGUGGAAUUGUCCACCGAGACAUCAAGCCUGA